CCUAUAAAUGUCAAAAACAAUCUGUUUGUCAAAACAGAGCGAGUGUUUUCCUUUAUUUUGAAAAUUCUUUGUGAUUUUAUAUGAAAACGACGAGGAAGAGAACCCAGACAACAUGUGAGCACCGCUGCAUAGCAUAAUUGGAUACACUCGUUAACUACCUGACCAGUUGUGUUGCUCUUCAACUGCAAUCAAACAGCAGCAAAGAUCCUGUCUCAACACACAAAUAUUAUACCAGUAUAAAGUACCCAGCAGUGUCUGCUACAAGAAGCGGAAAUGGAGAACGGAUCGAACAGUGAACCAGACGGGAGCAACCACAAAAAGACGACCAGACACAGCAUAUCCACGGCAACGGCGACGCCUACGGGACGGCGAAGGUCGUCCUUCCUGCAUCUGCACAUUCCCGAGGCAGGCGCGUGGCGUGGAUCCUUGACCCAUCUCCAUCUGCCAACCUUCACCCUCACUUCGCCCGAAGGGCAGCAGUCGCCCUGGUUCAAUUUCACAGGGCUCGGCAUACGACGGCACUCGCACAACACGCUGCACCGGACGGACUCCAUGGUUUCGCUAUGUUUUCGAUCACUCUCCACGUUCAUCAACGAGAACAAUCUGCAGGGGCUGCAGCAGUUCCUCGAAAGCAAAGACACCAUCGUCGAUGAUAGGGAUGAGAAUGGUGGAACGGCUCUUAUUCUCGCCGCCUCCAAGGGCAAGUCCAGCUUCGUGCGGGAGCUCUUGGCGCACGGGGCAGAUCCUAACGCGGAGGACUCCGAUAAUUGGUCGGCCCUUUUGUGCGCUUCCAAAGAAGGUUACGUGGAUAUUUGUCUACAGCUGAUCGAGCAGCACGCAGAAAUCGAGCAUCGGGAUAUGGGAGGAUGGACCCCAUUGAUGUGGGCCACGUACAAAGGAAGGACAGAGGUUGUCAAAGUAUUAUUAGAGUACAAAGCUGAUGUUAACGCCCAUGGAAACUACCACAUAUCCAGUUUGCUGUGGGCAGCAGGCCGAGGACAUACGGAAAUUGUCGAUGAGUUACUGAAGCAUGGGGCUAAGGUGAAUUGGGGUGAUAAGUACGGAACCACUGCUCUUAUCUGGGCCUCGCGAAAAGGUCACACAGAUAUAGUGAAGAGUCUCUUAUUAGCAGGUGCCAAUGCGGAUACGGCUGGGAUGUACUCAUGGACUUCAUUGCUGGUAGCAACCCAGGGCAACCAUGAGGAUAUAGUAAACUUGCUGUUGGAGUACAGACCGAACGUUAACGCCCUGGACAAGGAUGGGUGCAGCGCUCUGACAAUCGCCUGCAAAGAAGGCUUUUACGAGAUAGCCACAUCCUUAAUGAAUGCCGGAGCUUACAUCAACAUACAAGAUCGAACCGGAGACACGAACUUAAUCCACGCGGUAAAAGGAGGUCACAGGUCGGUGGUGGAGGCGCUCCUGAAGAAGUACGCUGACGUCGAUGUUAGUGGUAAAGAUAGGAAAACGGCCUCCUACAUGGCAGUGGAAAAAGGAUACGUGGCAAUCGUGAAGAUGCUCUUAAGCUCAAACCCAGAUCUUGAGAUUCCUACCAAGGACGGAGACACACCCCUAUUAAAAGCAGUGCGAUCGCGGAACGCCGAUAUUGUCCAGUUGCUAUUGGACAAAAAAGCAAAAGUGGGCGCGGCCGAUAAGAAAGGAGACACCGCUUUGCAUAUAGCAAUGCGUGCCCGUUCCAAGGCUAUCGUCGAGAUCUUGCUCAGAAAUCCCAAGCACAGCCACCUUCUCUACAGACCAAAUCGAGCGGGCGAAACGCCGUAUAACAUUGAUCUGAACCAUCAGAAGACCAUUUUGGGGCAAAUAUUUGGAGCAAGGAGAUUAAACACGAAUGAGGAUAAUGAGAACAUGUUGGGUUAUGAUCUCUACAGUUCAGCAUUGGCAGAUGUACUUAGUGAGCCGUCGCUUUCCAUGCCUAUCACCGUGGGUCUUUACGCGAAAUGGGGCAGCGGCAAAUCAUUCAUUCUAAACAAAGUGCGCGACGAAAUGAAGAACUUCGCCAGACAGUGGAUAGACCCUGUAUUCCAAUUCACUCCUCUCCUAUUCAUCAUCCUCAUGCAUAUAUCAAUGCUAAUUGGUACCAUCGUCGGUUUAUCCGCAUACAAUUGGAUACUGGGUCUUUCCGUUGGGCUUGCCGUGCUCGUUGUCUCCUACAUUUUCUUAGCCCUUGUAUGGUUUGCCAGUAAAAGAUAUGACUGGGAUUGGCCGUACAACUUCAACACGAAGCUCACGAUGAAGAUGAACAACCUGAAGCUCAUCCUGCAGAUUAUGUUCUGCCAUCCUCCGGGCGCACCCACUCACGACACCCUCUCUGCUCAACCAAUCAGAUUCUACUUCACCGAUCAAAUCCGAGUGAGCAGCACAACAGGAGGUGAAAACUCUGUUGUGCAGAUGAUAGGCUCUUUAUACGACGCUAUCGAAUCCGAUUACGGCGCCGUCGUCACCAGACUCUACAGAGCAUUCAAACCAAAACCAGUGAAAUCUUCAUCUUCGUGGAAAUGGAGGAAAGUCUGCUGUUUACCCUACGUGCUUGUUUUUGAGAUAAUAUUCAUAUUUUUUUUAAUCGGUGUUUGUGCCUUGACUGUAUAUAUCCUACAAGUGAAUACACUUGAAGCAAACGAGGUUGUGGAAAAGAUGACCCUUCAAGUAAUCCUAAUAAUAGCGGCCUUCUUCUUGGGAACGGCGGCAAUUGCCAACUUGUAUACGUGGAGCAAAAUGUUCGGAUCGUUGAUCUUUUCGCAGAGACGACACUUGCAGCGCACCAUCGCCAAACUGGAUACGCUUAAAUCCGAAGGUUUCCUCCAAGCCCUUCGAUCAGAGGUGAAUCUUAUGAAAGACAUGGUGAAGUGUCUGGACAGUCUUAGUGCUCAGCAGACGCGACUCGUGAUCAUCGUGGAUGGAUUGGAUAGUUCCGAGCAGGAUAAGGUACUGCUCGUUCUCGACGCCGUUCACAUGCUCUUCUCCGAUGCCAAUUGUCCGUUUAUUGCGAUAUUAGCUAUAGAUCCGCACGUUAUAUCCAAGAUCGCUUGGGAUAAAGCUGUGGAAAUGAACAGUCGAAGACUGUUCAGCGAGAGCAACAUUGGUGGACACGGUUACCUGAACAAUAUGGUGCAUCUUCCAUUCUACCUGCAGAAUACUGGCCUGAGGAAGGUGAAAGUAGCCCAGCAAACGGCAAGCAUUCCCCGCAAGAGCAACGCAGCAGCAACCACUUCAAAUGAUGAUGCUCUAAGCGUAACAGGAAAAUCCCUGUCAGCGCGUAGGUUGUCUUCGGAGAAUACCCUUCUGUCGAGCACGGAGAAGCUAUCCAAGUUCUCGAUGCGCAAGGGCUCAAAGAAGUUGAAGCUAUCUGAAUCCGUUGCCAGUUCCAUCGGUUCGAACCUGAACCGAAUUGGCGGCGCUCAAGAUUUAACAAAGAUGUUGCUCACCGAUGAUUACUUCAGCGACGUGAACCCCAAAUCCAUGCGAAGACUGAUGAACGUAGUUUACAUAACUGGUCGCCUCUUGAAAGCAUUCCAUAUAGAUUUCAACUGGUACCGUUUGGCAUCUUGGAUAAACAUCACCGAGCAGUGGCCAUUCCGCACAUCAUGGAUUAUCUACCAUUUCGACACAUGCGAGGACAAGUUGGAAGAUAACGUUUCGUUGAAGGCCAUCUACGAUAAGAUCCGGCCUCACAUUCCAACUUUGAAGGAUGUCGAGCCGCUGCUCGAGCUGGACAGAGAUGAACGUAAGUUCGAUAUCUUCUUAACAUUCCACCGUUCGAGUCUGCUGGUAAGCGACCUGAAGAUCUUCUUGCCGUUCACCAUCAACCUGGAUCCGUACCUAAAGAAGGUCAUCAAGGAGGAGACGCAGGGAUUGGACGAGGAUCUUAUUAUGGGUACGCCCCAUCGACCUAUGAGCAUGACGCCUAUGCAUUCUCCAUGGCCACAGUCUGCUUCAGAUUGGUCUGCUCAGAAGCAUCCACUCAGCAGAAGGAUGAGGAAUUUGAACAGGACUCAUGGGCCUACGGCUGUGGUCUAUCCUCAAGCAGGAGUUAUGGGUUGGGCGCAACCUUGGGGCGACCACCUAGGCAUGGCCACGCCUCAACCUCAGUACCCAUUAGCUCCUGUCACCAGUAUUUCUCCGGAAGUGUUGGAGUGUAAGCUAUCCUCGCUGAACGUGGACGGCAUCUGCAAGCUCUUGCAAAAGAUGGACGAGUUCUCCCCGGAUGCUUUAACCGAAUACACCGAUAUUUUGAAGCAGAACAACGUGAACGGUCGUGUGUUGCUCCACUGCGAUCUGGAGGAGCUGAAGAGGUUGCUGAAUAUGAGCUUUGGAGAUUGGGAAAUGUUCAAGGUGAUGAUUGUGUCGCUGCGGGAGCACGAGUUGACCACGGUCAUUCAGCAGGAUGAGUCAAAGAACGUUAGGUUCACCAUCGGAAAGAAGCAAGUGGUGCCAUCAACGUCCGAAAGCAGAAAAGGAAGUUUAACAGGUAAACCUGUUACUUCCGGAAGCGAGAGCGAGUUGAAGAUCCAGAAUGAUACUUCCAGCAGAAAUAAGCAAAGUGUGAUGGAAAAACAGCGAUAUCACGUAGACUUACAAUUGGCGAAUAGCCUGUUUCCUCUACUCGAGAGAUAUCAGGUGACCUUAGAGGAGCAGAUGAUUUGCGGAGCGCUUCAAACAUUAAACGAAGAGGCAUGCGAAGAUGUGAUGGAGGAGACGGAAGACGUUAUGGAAUCGGAUGGUGCGGACAUACCGAGGACGUUUGUGAUCCAUCCGAGUCCGGAGAGCUCUCAAGAAGCGGCGCCGUUCGACUAUCGCUCAAGAACCAACAGCUCGUGCGGAAUCGGUGAAACGGACUUCGUUCUUCUUCAGUCAUCACCUAUAGGUGCUCUGAAUUGGCAACCUGUAAGCAUCUCCAUCCAAGGUAACUCGGAGAACAUCAGUGAGCAGAGUUCGAGAUGCAGUUCUCCACAUUUGACUCCAGUGAUGGAGAGGAAGACGAACAGUUUCAAGUUGAGUAAUUUCAAGCCGUCGUUGGAUCUGGAUGGAAGUAAGCGAGGAAAGCACGUGAUAAUAAAGUCGGAUGGAGUUGAUGGUAAUUCCAUAAGCGUUUCCACGAAGAACGCGACAGUUUUGUACGAGAAGCAGGAGAAUAAAGUGCGACCGACGAGUCUGAUUUUGAAGUCGGAGAAGGCGACGGCUCGAAACCGUUCACGGUCUAUCGACAAUUCGAAUAACAAGCAGAAGCAGAAGAAGGGCUUCGACCAGCUGCAGAAAUUGCUGUACUCCAGUCCGGAUCUGAACGAUGCCAGCGAUAACGAAAGCACUCCACUCGUCUCCGACAAUUCGACGCCUUCGAAGACAUUCAGUCCGGGCUACAUGACCUCGCACAGCUCGAACAGUUUGGCCAAUUCAUUCCAGAGCUUCUCGCCGGACGAGAAGACGAACCUGAAGAAGGGCGAACAGACCAUCUCCGAGACCAGUCCGAUUGCCUACAAUUUGGCUAGUAAACAGGCUUCGGAGGGUUCAGAGCACAGCAUCUCUUUGGAUAGUUCGAGGUUGAUGUCUGCGAGCAAUCUGAGCCUCUCCAGCAGGAAUUCCAUCAGCUCGGGACAGCUUUCGAGGCAGGACGCGCUCGAUGGAAACGAAGAGAAUCUGACGGACGUUUAUUGUGAUCCCAAAUGUAGAAAGUAACAAAAGAAAACCCAUGACAACAGCUUACUUAUGACAAUGAUAUUUACUAUUAAAUAAGAACGAUAAUCAA